GGCCACGGAGACGCACACGAGGGGAGGACGCUCUGCAGGAAACAGCUCUGCAGGAACCAGAGCCCUGAUCGGUUACUUUACACUGCUUUUACUAGUGUGUUUCAUCCCCAAAAUAAAGAUGAAUUCUCUGGGGAGUUCUUCCAAAUGGCCGUCCUACGACUCUCUGCCCUCCACGCCGAGCUUCUUCCACAGCGAGAGCGAGCAGACCGAGGACGAGGCGGAGGUUUUCUCAGACGGGGAGGGGGACGGCGGACUAAAAGGAUCCCUCGCAGCUGCUGACGGAAUCACACAUUCAGGAAGUUUCAUCAGUUUCCCAACUCAUCCAGAGGAGCUGCGCUCGAGGUCUGACCUCUGCCCUGACCAGUCGCAACCCCGUGACCCUGGCUUUUCUCCCGGAGCCGCCGCGCUGCGAUCACCGUCAGCGACACCCGGGGAUCUGGCCUUUGCUCAGAAGUGUGCUGAUUUGCACAGGUUUAUUCAUCCUUUGGUGGAACUUCUACGUGGACUAAAGAUCGGGAAAUUUGACAGAGGUUUAAACACUUUCCAGUCAAGUGUUGCCAUAGACAGGCUGCAGAGGAUUAUUGGAGUCCUGCAGAAACCUGAAAUGGGAGAGAAAUAUCUUCAAAAUCUGCUGCAGAUAGAGAUGUUGCUGAGAAUUUGGUUCCCUCAUGAGGCGUUCAAGUCCGCAGACACACCAAAACAGACCACCUGUUCAACAUAUACACGACAGUGGCAUCAAAAUCAGCUCCACAUGCCAGUAAAGAAGAGAAAACUGAGCUGGUCAAACUACGACGAUGGCAGACUCCCAACCAAGCACAACCACCAUCGGCCGGCAAAACGCGAGAGAAGUCAAGCUCCAACUUCCUUCGACACCGUCUCCACAUGUCUUCCUCUUUUACCUACUAAGCAGACUUCAGCGGAAACACACCCGGCCGAGCCGGCGGGAGACGGCUGUGCACCUGGUUACAGGUUUACAGACAGGACUGUCCUUUUCAGCACGUCGCCGUAUUCACGGAGCCGGAGGGAAAAUAAGAAUCUGAAGCCUUCUGAGAUUUCCUUGUGCGGCAGUCCGGCCAUGCAGGACUGUUCGGUGUCUUCAAGCAACGCCGGUAGCGUAACUCACUCGCCUUAACUGGCGAGGCUGACCUUCCAAUCACGUAGAGGUGCCUCACCAUGCCACCCAGAGGACCGGCAGGGGGCGGACCCAAUUACAUAAGCAUAAAGUUGGGCACAGAGCCCGAUUAUGACAGCUACAACAGCACAUUAAAGCGGAGGAGGAGGAGGAGGAGGAGAAGUGCAGACAGAGACUCUUUAACCCUUAACUCUCCAGUAUGUGUGUGUUUUUUUAAUGCAUUAUUGCACUAUAUUAUUCCCAGGUCCGUAAGAGGUUCAUUUUUUGUAUGCAUAACAAGGGAGAAAGACCUUGGCGAUAACUACAUGUGAAAUGUGCUGAUGCAGUCUGACUAGACUGUAUUUUUUUUAAUAUUAUGGAUGGUAUCCCUUAUAUUCAUCAAAUAUAAGAACACUAUUAUUUUUGUGACCACAAAAUGAGUAAAAAUAGAAUUUUAGGAAAACAUUUCAAGCUGACUGAUUGUAGCAUACAACAAAGUUUAGACAUGUAGCCUCUGCCAAAAUGUGCCAAACGAAGCAUUUUGCAUUGUCAUGCUAUACAUAGCUUACUGCUCCAACGACUUUGUUUUUUUUAACCACUUUAUUUUUAGACGUCACUUAACACAGGCACAUCAUAUUUGCUUUCACCUAUACUCAGAAAAUGAGUUGUUGCAUGGAUAAAACACUGAGAUUUUACUGACCAAUAAUUAUUGAGUUGCUUUUUUUUAAGUAAAUGGUGAGAAACCUUGUUUUUUUUAUUUUUUAAAAGAGAGUUUAAAGUUAAAUGUUUUAUUUAACUAUUUAAAAUAUGAGUUGAUAUAUAUGUGAGCUUGUGUAAUUUUGAAUCAAUGCAAUUGCACUUUAGAUGUUGGAUGGUGAGCAGACGUUGCACAUAUCUGAACAUCAAGCAGUUGUAAUUUUAUUUACAAAAGCACCAGUUGGCUUUUUUUAAUUGGAUCGGCAGAGUUAUGAUGCUAUUUGUUGCACCUUACAGAUGAAUUCAGUGCAAAGUCAAACUUGUGUGGUUCUGUGAAAGGGAAACAGUUUAGGAAUUAAAAGGGAAUUUAGGAUUUAUUACGAGGCUUGCUAUCCAUUUGAAAUGUUCCACGUCCAGUCGCCACCAAAAAGGCAUUUAAAAUGGAUUAGUACCACUGAGUUGCUGUUAUCAAAUUGGCAACACUCUUAUUUUUGAGUAAGCAAUACGAAAUAUCUUGGAGAUUGGAUAAAUCAAACUAUUUCCAUUCCUGAACACAUAAUUUCUGUCUUUGUUUUUUUUAUUUUAAUUUUUAUAUUAAUACCAUCGGAAUUUGAAUCAUGAUAUUUUAAAUUGGGUAUCAUUCACGUUGAAUGACAUCUCAUCUUUGGUGGUUUAUCACCAGUCAGCCUUACUUAUUUACUGAUAAGCACAAAGGUGAUCAUGUGCUUGCCUGACAUUGAAUCAUUCAGACACAUUAUUUGGAAACUGCAUUUAAUAAUAACAAUGGUUAUAUUUAUAUGUGUGUGUGUAUACGUGUGUGUGUGUGUGAGUGUGUGAGUACAUAUACAUGAUUUGCCAUAUGUAUCACGAUAAACCAAAUGUGCUUUUGUGUAGAUGUUUCUCAGGCUUUAUCACUAUUGACUUCUAGAUUUAAGCACAGGGUGGAGAAUGAUAGUGUAGUGUUAGUUUGUGUUUGUGAAUGUAGUGUCCUCCAGUACACUUUAAUUUUGUUACAUUGUUUUAUUUGUGGGAUAAGAGCACAACUCUUACCCCAUGGUUAUAUGUGGGACAAAUAAUGCUGUUCUUAAUUUCUCUGUUUUAUGCAAUUUAUUUUGACAUUGCUUAUGACAUUGUAAUAAUCAUGGUUAUUUUUUUUAUGUAUUUGUAUUAAAAGA